CGCAGUCAGAUCAUGAAGUGUAUUAGUAACAAAAUAAUUUAAUAAUAUCAAGUGAUUAAGUUAAAAUAUUUCACGUGAUUUUCGACUGAAAUACUGGCCGCUUUAGACGUUUGCGUGUUUUAGAAAAAAGUUUUUGAAUAAUUUGAAACUUUUUUGGCGCCAAGAUGUCUGCGUUGUGUCUUUUUAAAUUGACAUUUUUAGUGCUAGUGUUUUUGUUUUGCAUAAGUGCAAGAAGUGUAGAAGAUAAAAAUAAAUAUACAUUACCAAAGACUUCUUUCGACGAGAAAAAUAAGGACCACUGGAACAUCCAAGCGCAGUGGACUCUUCGGAACAAGGUCUCCGUUCCCCUAAACACAAAGACAGCCAAGAAUGUCAUCAUGUUCUUAGGAGAUGGGAUGAGUAUCACCACACUGGCUGCCACCAGGGUGUACCUGGGUCAGAAAUACGGCCACCUUGGAGAAGAACUGAAGCUCAGUUUCGAGGUGUUCCCGUAUACAGGACUUGCUAAGACAUACUGCGUAGACCACAACGUUGCCGACUCGGCCUGCAGUGGCACCGCCUACCUCACUGGUGUCAAGGCCAACAGUGGGACCGUGGGCCUCAGUGCGGCAGUCAAGAGAGGGGACUGCGAGGGCCAGAGGGAUGGGGUUCACUCCGUCACUGGACUGAUGGACUGGGCGCAAAAGGCUGGCAAAUCCACUGGCGUAGUAACAACCACAAGGGUGACCCACGCCACCCCAGCUGCGUCUUACGCGCACUCAGCCGAUCGGAGAUGGGAGGCAGACUCGGAUCUGCCGAAGAAAGGACUUCAUUGUGAGGAUAUAGCUUCACAACUGGUCAGGGGAAAUGUUGGCAGCAGGAUUAACGUUGUGCUAGGAGGCGGCAGAAGGAACUUCUUUCCCAACCGAGAACGGGACGCCGAGGGCUACCGCGGCCACAGAAGCGAUGGAAAAGACCUGAUCCGCGAGUGGCUCCUCAAAAAACGAUCCUUUGGAGUGUCUGCCAAAUACGUCUACAACCGUGUAGACCUCCUCACAUUAGACCCUACGAAGUACACAAACGUCCUAGGUCUCUUCUCUCCUGAUCAUAUGCCGUACCAUCUAGAAGCUGGUCACGAUGAUCCAUCUCUAAGUGAGAUGACAGAGAAAGCAAUACAGAUACUGUCGCAGAAUUCCAACGGGUUCUUCUUGUUCGUUGAAGGUGGGAGAAUAGACACAGCACAUCACGAGACCAAAGCUAGAAAAGCCUUGGAUGAAACUGCGGAAUUCGCCAAAGCUGUAGAAGCAGCCGUCCGAAUGGUGAACCUUGAAGAAACCCUCAUCGUGGUCACGUCAGACCACAGUCACACCAUGACUUACAGCGGUUACAGCAAAAGGGGAACAGAUAUUCUUGGAUUUACAAAUAAGAUGAACGCGUCCGACAAUCUUCCAUACACGACUUUGAGCUACGCCAACGGGCCUGGGUACCGGCCGCAUGUGCAAGACAAACGACACAACAUGGAAGCUGAUGAUUUGAGUAACCUAAACUACACGUACCCAUCCCUAGUCCCGACACCCCGGGAGACUCACGGGGGGGAAGACGUCGCAGUCUUCGCCAGGGGGCCGUGGUCGCACAUUUUCUCCGGGAAUUAUGAGCAGAACUACAUCCCUCAUGCUAUAGCGUAUGCCGCGUGCAUAGGCCCGGGACUGACUAGUUGUAGGCCUUGAUUGUAGAUAUUGUAGAUAUACCUGUAUUCACAAACGAUGCUUGCUUUAAGGUGAAUAAAGACUCAAAAUAUACAGGGUGUUAGGUAAAUGGGUAUAUGAGCCGACACUAGCCCAUGUUAACACGGGCAUAUAAAUGGUAUGGUGAAGUCAGAAAUUUGAUAUCAUCAUUUUAUU